AUGCAAUUGAUUUUCGAUAGUGAUACAGAUGCCAACAUUAGAAAAGUAAAUAUGGCCGUCAUUAAUUCUGAAAAUAUUAAUGAAAAAUUUUCCAGUGACAGAUUACUCGAUAAAUUUAGUCAAAACGAGAGUAUAGAAAAUCGCCAAGGAGAUGUUAAGAAAUUGGCUGAUUCUGAAGUCACCAGUAAAGAUAAUAAUAUAGACAACAACUCGGAUACGGGAAUUGAUUCGAUUAAAAACCAUGCUACAAUAGAAACAGUAUUUCAGGAUCAAACCGUAGAGAUAAAAAAUGAAGAAGACUCAAAAAAUAUUAUUCCUGGAAAGUUAGACAAUAACGAAAAGACAAAUUUAAAUACACAUUGUAAUGAAACCGCCAAAAAUAGCGAUCUUGAGCGUAAAUUACCAUCGGAAAUAACAGAAAAAGUUGAAACUGAAUGCAACGAGAAAGACAUUUUACGGGUGACUAUGUCGGAAAUAUGCAAUAAAAAAGAAACAGUCGGAACUGAUAUUAAAAAUACAUCUUCAUACUGUUCUAAAGAAGAAAUCGAUUGUAAUAAUGAAGAAAAUGCGGCCCCACUAAUAAGUUUAAACGAUAGCUCGGAAAAAAUGGAUGUUGAUGAAGAACAAGAAAGCAAUGCUGAUAUUUCUAAAACGAGUAUUGAAGUAAGUUCAGUUGAACACUCUUGCAAGGACCAUAUUGAAAAUAAAACGACGAGUGAGACAAAAAUCGAUUUAGGAAAUGAAUCGGUUGAUAACACAGCACUGCCGCAAAUCGAAGCCAUAUCGCCAAAUAAACUAAAUAAUCAUGUUACACAUGAUGCAGUAAAUAUUAAUAGUAAUGUAGAUUUAAUUGUAGAGAGUUCUAAUGUUAAACUAGAUAAGUCACCUAAAGAAGAAUUAGCAAAAUGCGAAACAUUGCUGCCUAUAGCCGUAAGCGAUAAAAAUAUUAAAGCAGACAUUACUCAAGCAACGAGUGAAACUAACGUAGAUCCAAACACUAUUGAAAUUAAUGAUGACAGUUCACAGGACGGUAUCAGUCAAAAGGAACCCUCAGUUAACAAUUCCACUACAGUUUCUCCAACAAAUAAAGAUAAUAAGCUAAAAGGAAAUAAUGUUGCAUCGCUUGGUAAAAAAAAUACUAAAGAGGAAAUUUCAAAUAGCAGCGUCAAAGAAUUGAGUAAUUUAAAUGAAAAAGACGAACCUGUUUGUAUAAGUAAGGAAGACAUCAACAACGUGAUUAAUAAACCCAAGAUAGAAGAAGAUAAAUCUUUAGAUAGUAAUGUACAAAGUAGGGCAUCUAUAGAACAUAAGGAAGAAAUUCAAGAAUCCCUUAAAAGUAAAUUGUCUAAUACAUUAGAUAUUUUUUCUGACGAUGAUGAUAAUCAAGUAAAUGGACAAAAUAAUGAUCUUCAAGAAACAAACAAACAAUGUAUUAAUGUGGAAGACGAUGAUGAUAUUUUAUUAAUUGAUGACGAAGACACCUCCAACGGAGAAAAAAAAAUCCUAGCAAAUAACUUAUCACUUAUACCUGCAAAGGAUGUUAAAGAAAUACUAGAAAAUAAUCAGGUUCAUGCUGAAGAGAAACUCGAACAGGAAACCAAUAAUGUGAUGAUUGAAAAAGAUAUGAAUGAAUUAGAUGUAAAGGAUGAAAAAAAUACAGCGGGAUCUGAUACAGAAAAGAUAAAAAACGAAACAGAGAUACCAUCUCCUCCUCCAAAUAAACCUCUGUUGCCUACAAACUUUUUGUCACUAUGCAAGAAAAACGUCUCUGAUAUGACUCGGAAUGAUUUAGAGGAAUUCUGUAUUAUGAAAAUAGUGGAAAGCGUAGUUGACAGGGGCAACAUAGGCGAAAUGAAAUCGCAAUUAAAGAAAAUGGCUUUGUCUUUAGAUGAACAUAGAAAUAAAAUUAAGUCGAUUACAAAACAAAAUCAAGAUCUCCAAGUAAUUUUAAGAUCGGUUCAGGAAGCAUGUCGAAAAAAUUCGUUAGUAACUCCAUUAAAAAUUACACGUUCUGUCGGUAUUCAAGUCGUGAUGGUCGAAAAGUCGAAGGAAAAAGCAACAGCUCCAAGUCAAAACAAUGCAGCAACAACUUCGCCAGCAAAGCCCGUACGCUCUCCAUCUCUACAGAACAAGUCAAAACAAAGUACAACAUCUUCACAAAAUAUACCAGUUCCAAGACUUGUUCCAGCAAAAAGUACACCUAGCAACAUAAUGCAAAAUCAGACUCCAAAUAAAGUGCCCAUCAAUGUACAACCCACGCCUGUAAUAAGGCCGGUAGUACCAAGACCAGAAAAAAGACCUCACACUAAAAGUCAAACAGGUUCUGAUACUGUUGACUUAACAGAUGACGAGCCUCCAAGCAAAGUAGUAACCAGACCUGGAAAUCAGGCUGUAAGGGUGAUAUCACCCCAAAACCUUAUGCCACCACAGCGGGCUCCAAUGGUGAAUAGUCCUAGAAAAGUAUACAUUCCAAUAGGUGGUGGCCAGGUUUCCAAUAUUCGUCCUACGCAGCAAGCUUAUAUGCUUAAAACUGUUAAUAAUCAAAAUGUGAGACAAAGAGUUCCUGGCGUGAGAAGGGUCCAUCCAGCGCCAUUACCUGAAAGUGGUAAACAGUACCAGGCACCUAGUUGGAAAGCAAUACCACCUGCACCAGAGAUAAAGCUGUCUAAAGUUGAAAACGGAAUAGUCAUAUCUUGGAAAUUAGAUAAUUAUAGAGAAGAUGUUCAUGAAAAUAUUGCCAGUUAUCAAAUAUACGCCUAUCAAGAAACGCCGUCUCCUCCUAGCACAAAUUUGUGGAAGAAAAUAGGAGAUGUAAAGGCUUUACCACUGCCAAUGGCAUGCACAUUGACACAAUUUGUACCAGGCUUCAAAUACUACUUUGCAGUUAGAGCAGUUGACGUCAGGUCGCGACAGGGAUCAUUUAGUCAUCCUGGCAACAUAAUGCUUUUGAACAAAUAA